AACAUAAUAAUAAGGUUCAAAAUCGUCUGGAUUUAACCUCACUCAAUCCCGUGCUCCCUCGUCACUGUUGUUGGGGAUUGGAAGACGGGUGAAAAUGGCUGAGAUGGGAUUCAGGAGGGCGUGGAGAAGGAAGAAGGGUGGGUGAUUGGCUGAGGGAUCCAGUGUGGUUGGACUCCACUGUUUUGAUGGAACUCAAACGCCCCUCAGAUUAGAAGCGCAUGAAUAAUUCAGAAGCCAGUAUUCUCUGAAGGAUAAAUCAAACCAUUCGAGGAAGCGAGGAGCCCAGUUGAAGCUAUCUCAGGAAAUAUUUUGGUGAGUCAGUUAUGUUUGGUUUUCUCUGUUCAAGACAGCUACAAGUACUCAAACACAGGAGGACCCAUUUGGGUUUUCUUCAGCAAAAUGGUUUCUUUAUUGUCAAAUCGUUUACAUCAGUAGGUAGUUUAUUUGAAUCUAAUGAAAAACCAGAAGAGGAAAAACAUUCUUUUGCAGUGUCUUACCUCAUAAACUCUUGCGGGUUGUCCGCAAAAUCUGCAAUUUUAGCAUCCCAGAGGGUAGUAUUUCAGAACCCAGAGAAACCAGACUCAGUGCUAAAUUUUCUUAAAGAGAAUGGAUUCAGCAAUGCCCAGAUCUCCCAAAUCGUUAGGAUGCAUCCACUGGUUCUUUUAGCUCACCCUGAGAAGACCCUUUUGCCCAAGAUUGAGCUUAUGCGUUCCGUAGGGGUUUCGAGCGCUGACCUCAUUACCAUCCUUUCUUCAAACCCAUUUCUGUUCAAAACCAACUUAGAGAAACGUAUUAUCCCCUCCUAUGAUUUCCUUAAGACUGUACUUGUUGACGAGAAAGUCCUGAAAACUUUCAAGCGCUCAACACGUUCUUUUCUAUGUGAUGUAACGAAUACUGUGGCUCCUAACGUUGCACUUUUGAGACAACUUGGAGUGCCUCUAUCUAGAAUCUCAUUCUUCGUAAGUAGUUAUCCCUCUACAGCGUUUAUUAAGCAUGCUAGGUUUGUUGAGGCUGCCCAACAGGUUACAGAAAUGGGAUUCAAUCCCUUAAAAACGGUGUUUGUCCUGGCAAUCCAAGCGUUAUUGAAGAUGAGUAAACAAAAACUGGAAUCAAGAUUGGAGCUUUAUAAGAGGUGGGGUUGGUCAAGGGACAUGGCCCUCGCAGCAUUUAAAAGCCAUCCAAAUUGUAUGGUAGUUUCAGAAGAGAAUAUGACGAAAACAAUGGAUUUCCUUGUGAACAAAAGUGGUUGGCCAUCAACAGAUGUUGCUAAAAAUCCUCGAGUUAUAAAUUUAAGCUUGGAAAAAAGAAUUAUCCCUCGGUGGUCGGUUGUUCAAAUUUUGCUAGCCAAGGGUUUGGUCAAGAAUAACUUGGCCUUGGGGACUUUCUUGCUACCGAGUGAGAGGGUGUUUUUGGAGAAGUUUGUGAUCAGAUUUCGGGAUGAUGUUCCUCAAUUGUUGAAGGUAUAUCAGGGUAAGAUGUCUGCUUGAUGUAGCAUUUCAGUCUGAGAAGUGCUGCCGUUGGCUGGAAAUGCAGCUCGUGACAAGAAGAAGAACAAAAUCAUUCCAAGGCAUAUUCUGCUGGCUUGGAGGAACGAUGAAGAGCGCUGCUGUUACCAUUGCUCAUGGUGGUGUCCUUCCCAACACCAACCCUCUUCUCUUGCCGAAGAAGACGACGGACAAGGCUGCCAACUUGUAGUAUAAUAACUUGUUAUUACCAGAUAUUUUACGCUCAAACAAAUGGAGCACGAUUCUUUUCUUCACCUGUUUACCAUGCCAUGGGGAAAAGGCUAUGUACCCCAUAUAUACUGCUAUUUUCACAUGCAUACGCAGUGCACUUUAGAUUUAACAUUGAAGGUCCAGAUUGCUUA